AAGACAUUAAACAUUAAUAAAAACAUAUAUCCACGUCAUGCCAAUAUCCUUGCUUUAAUUAUAGAAUCUCAAAUUCUGAAAUUGCCAUCAACUUAUUUUUCUUUUCUUCUUGUCUUGACAAAAAUUUAAAAUACAAUUAUCUCUUAUGAAAAGAAAAUCCAAAAGGCGCUAUUUAUAGACCAACAAGACCUGCAGCAAACCACACACAACACAUCACACAAACUCAAACUCUCAAAACUACCUUCAAACUUCAAACUCAAAACGACGACGUAGCAUCCCUUCCCUUUAUUAUACAAUAAACUGAAAAAACGAAACCCUUUCACUUCACACUUCACACCACAACACAAACAUGAUAGCUUACCUUGAACACUUCGUUCACGGAAACGACACAGAAUCAACACCAAACGACGACGUUUCUUCCCUUCAAGGUUCUUUCCAUUUCUCCCCAAUUUCCAUCGCAACCAAAGAUUUCGGCGGCAUGAAAUCCUCCACUCCCCUCGCCGUAAUCCGCCCUUACUCCACCGCCGACGUCGCAAGAGCAGUCAAAGCAGCAACCACAACCACAAACCUAACCGUCGCGCCACGUGGCAACGGUCACUCAAUUAACGGCCAAGCCAUGGCGGAAAAAGGACUAGUUCUCGACAUGCGCGCCACCGCGGAAGAACAUUUUCAACUUCUUUAUCACGACGGUGUUCCGUAUGUUGACGUUUCCGGAGGGGCAUUAUGGGAAGAAGUGUUGAAACGCUGCGUUUCGCAGUUUCAACUUGUUCCGAGAUCGUGGACUGAUUAUCUCGGGUUAACGGUUGGUGGAACGUUAUCUAACGCCGGUGUUAGUGGUCAGACUUUCCGUUACGGUCCUCAAACGGCAAACGUAACGGAAUUAGAAGUUGUUACUGGUAAAUGUGAUACUUUGGUUUGUAAUGAAAAUCAAAAUUCAGAACUUUUUUUUGCAACUCUUGGUGGUCUUGGUCAAUUUGGUAUCAUCACUAGAGCCAGAAUCGUUCUUCAACAAGCCCCUGAUAUGGUGAGGUGGAUAAGGGUGAUUUACUCAGAAUUUGAGGAUUUUACCAAAGAUGCAGAGUGGCUGGUGACACUACCAGAAGGUGACGGUUUUGAUUACGUGGAAGGAUUUGUCGUGGCUAACAAUGAUGACCCUUGUAACGGAUGGCCCACAGUUCUGAUGGGUUCGAACCAAGUAUUCGACCCGGUUCAAGUUCCUUCGUCGGCUGGACCGGUUCUAUAUUGCUUAGAACUUGCUCUUCACUAUCGGAAAACCGCUCGUUCUUCCGAUGUUAACAAGAGAGUGGAUAGAUUACUUGGAGGGUUGAGAUUUGUUGAGGGUAUAAAGUUUGAGGAUGAUGUGAAAUACAUGGAUUUUUUGCUACGUGUAAAGAGUGUGGAAGAGGAUGCUAAAGCCAAAGGUAUAUGGGAUGCACCUCACCCAUGGCUGAACAUGUUUGUGUCCAAGUCCGACAUAGCUGAUUUUGAUCGUGAAGUGUUCAAGAAAAUCCUCAAACAUGGUGUUGGUGGCCCCAUUCUAGUCUAUCCACUAUUGCGAAGCAAGUGGGAUGAUAGACACUCGGUAGUGGUGCCAGACAGCAACAUUUUCUACAUAAUAGCAUUACUCCGUUUUAUUCCACCACCACCAAAGGGACCACCUACAGAUAAAUUGGUGUCACAAAACAAUGCAAUUAUUCAAUUGUGCUACAACAGAGGAUAUAAUUUCAAGUUAUAUCUUCCUCACUACUUGUCACAGGACAAUUGGAUGCGACACUUUGGUGAUAAGUGGACUAGAUUUGUCCAGAGAAAACAAAAUUUUGAUCCAAUGGCUAUUCUUGCACCUGGACAGAAAAUAUUUUCCAGAAACCAACUUAAAUAAUAAUUAAUUAGUUUAGUAUUAGUAUUAGUAUUAGUAUUAGUAUUAGUUAAUUAGCUAGAUAGAUUGUUUCUCAAUUAACCUUUGUAAUUUUUGUUUUGAUAUUUUUUUCCUCCCCUAUUAAUCCUCUUGUUGUUUCUUUCCCCUACCAAUUACUAUAAUGGUGAUCCUUAUUGUAAAUGAAUAUUUUUGGGGUGAAAUCAAAGUGAAUCUUUAUCCUUUA